CUCUGUGCUCCCUGGACGCUUGAGGCUUGACGCGUGCUCCAAAAAGCACGUUCACUCUUUCCAUCUCCUACGCGCCUUCCACCGUUGGAGACAUUCACCAUCGUCGCUGCCGUUGACGACGCCCCCGUUUGCCCACAAUGCAGCCGAAUUAUCGGAAUUACACCGGCAAUUACCCGCAGCAGCAGCAGAUGGCCACACCUGCGCGGCGAGGGCCCGGCCCUAUUGUACACCCUCAGCACGCAGCAGCCCAGCAGUACCCCAACGCCAACGCCAGUGCAAGCAUGCAGGCCCAGCAGCGCGCCGAGGCCGACCGCCGGGAGAAGAUGCGCCGCGUCGCAAAGAACCCUACGGACAAGAACAUGCCCGAGGGCGUCGAGGACAUGUGCAUCGGCGACGGCGUGGCGCGGUACCGCGAGCUGCGCGACGUGGAGCGCACCCUGGACGCGACCAUGAUGCGCAAGAAGCUCGAUGUCAUGGACUCGAAGCACCACUCGCGCGCCUCGCGCCACGGCACCCUGCGCGUCUGGAUCUCCAACACGGCCGAGAACCAGCCGUGGCAGAGCAGCGCCAUGGAUGCCGACGCCUUCGACUUUGACAGCGACACCAACGCCACGUAUCGCGUGCGCCUGCAGGGCCGUUUGUUGGACGAGCCGGCUGAUGAGGGUCUCGAGGCCGAAGAUGACGACGACGACGACGAUGAGGACCGUGACGCCGACGCCGACACCGACGAGGACUCCAAGCCGAAGCCCGCGCCCAAGCCCAAGCAGCUCUCGCACUACUUCACCGCCAUCACCAUCGACUUCGACCGCGCCAAGAGCCUGCAGCCCGACAACUUCACCCAGAUCGAGUGGAAGCGGCCUGACAACCCGACCGCCAAGGAGAGCAACUUCAGCGAGCUCGAGUUUGAGCGCAAGGGCGACGAGAACAUCAACAUCACCGUCAACCUGCAGCGCUACCAGAACCCGGAGAUCUUCCGCCUCAGCAAGCCCCUCGCCGAGCUGCUGGACACGGACGAGGAAGAUCGCGCCGGCGUGCUCAUGGGCAUCUGGGAAUAUGCCCGCGCGCAGCACCUGCAGCAGGACGACGACGAGCGCAAGUUUGCCUGCGACGCCAAGCUCAAGGCCCUCUUCGGCGGCCAGGACUCGUUCUACUUCCCCAACCUACCCCAGCUCAUCAAGCCGCACCUGAGCACGCUCCCGCCCAUCCAGCUGCAGUACACGAUCCGCGUCGACAAGGAGCACAUCGCGCCGUCCCCUGAAUCCGGCAAAAAGCCCUCCGAGCCCACCAUCUACGACAUCCAAGUCGCGCUCGAAGACCCCAUGCAGCCGCUGUUCCAGGACAUCCUCCGCCGCCCCGACAGCAUCCAGACCCUGCAAGAGAUCCAGAAGAUCGACGAGCAGCUCGUGCUCCUCAUGGGCGCCAUCGGCCAGUCCAAAGCAAAACACGCCUUCUUCACAAGCAUGGCAAAGGACCCCGUCACCUUCUACAAGCGCUGGCUGUCCUCCCAGAAGCGCGACCUCGAGGUCCUCCUCGGCGAAGCCACGCGUGGCGGCGGCGAAGACGUGUCGGGCGAGGAGUGGAGGCGUGGCGGCGCGGAUGGCGUGUGGGGCAGUGAUGUCGCGAAGGAGAGCGUCGCGUUAUGGUUGGCUAGGCAGAAUAUUAAAGCCCAUGCGUAGUAUGCGUCUGCUGACUGAAUGUUUUCUUUGCCCUGUUUUAGGUUGUUUUCUGCGGGCUUUUCGGCUCGUGGCACGGUGUAUAGGCGUACUGAGACGUUUUGAGGAGUUGGGAUAGUUGCGGGGUUUUGGUGGUGUGGAUACCGCUUUGAGGCUGAGCGAAAAAUGGAAGAAUGCUGGAAGUAGUGUUAGAUACCCCAUGGGGAAAUCAUUGAUCACGUCG